AUGACUGUCAGUGUCUUCUCGGUGCCAGUAUUCUUCGUUGUCUUUCGAGAGUCUUUGGAGACGGUCGUCAUAUACGGAGCGCUAUCAGGACUUCUUCUCUGUUUGAUCAUUGGUGGUGGUUUGAUUGGAGCUUUCUAUGGAAUUGGUAAAGAUGCCUGGUCCAGUGCUGAGUACUAUUGGGAAGGCUCUUUUGCCAUUGUUGCAUCCGUCAUAAUCACUUUGAUGGGAGCUGCGCUGCUUCGCGUGACGAAAAUGAAGGAUAAGUGGACUGCUAAGCUUCGCCAACACUUGGAGCCAUCGGUAGAUACAAGAGCACGAAGAUGGUAUGCUAGCUGGCUUGACUUCAAGGUAUGGGGAGAAAAACACUUCAUGUUCGUUCUGCCUUUCAUCACUGUGUUGAGAGAAGGACUCGAAGCCGUCGUCUUCGUAGCAGGUGUUUCUUUUUCUACACCAGCGACGAGUAUCCCGCUCCCAGUCAUUAUCGGACUCAUUGCUGGACUUGCGGCAGGAUUUGUUAUCUACAAAGGUGGCGCGACAUCAAAGCUUCAAUACUUCUUGAUCGUCUCGACAUGUCUCCUAUAUCUUGUAGCUGCCGGUCUCUUCUCGAGAGCAAUUUGGUUCUUCCAGGCACAAAACUGGAACAAUGCCACCGGUGGCGAUGCAGCAGAAACUGGGUCAGGACCAGGUUCUUAUGAUAUUAGACAAAGUGUUUGGCAUGUCAACUUUGGUAACCCAGAGUUGAAUGGCGGUGGCGGGUGGGGGAUUUUCAAUGCUAUCCUUGGAUGGCAGAAUUCCGCAACCUAUGGCUCUGUCAUCUCAUACAACCUCUACUGGCUCGUAGUCAUUGUUGGUUUCCUCGCAAUGAGAUAUAAAGAAGUUAAAGGUCAUCUCCCACUUGCUCCGACCCUCAAGCCUUAUCUCGCACCGGUUACAGCUGUGAAAGGUCAUAUCGCAAACAUGAAACAGCGCGCUAUCUACAAGGACGGAGAGGUCACUGUAAGCGAUGAGAGACUUGGAAGAAACAACUCCGGAACGUCAUCCGUGGCAAAGGAUUCCGAGAAGGCCAUGGAUACCGUAAGAGAGAUACCUUAUACCAUUGUCCAAACAAAAAACCCGGCAUCUAGGAACUCCGUAAUGGUUGGUUGGUGUUGGAAAGUCAUGGUUGACUAUGUUAUGGAUCGACAUAAGCUUGCAAUUGAGUAA